CCACUGAGAGGGGGCGCUGCUGAGCGGCUACUUCACUAACACAGCAUCCGGGUGUGCGUGAGGAAACAAACUGAAAGUGUAGCUGCGCUCUGUCUGAGCUAAAAGUGGAAUAAUAAAGAGGUUUUCAUCGAAGGACAGUUCCAGUGACCUGAGAAAAUGUCUCGCAGAUAUGAUUCACGGACAACCAUAUUCUCUCCGGAAGGACGCCUGUAUCAGGUGGAGUACGCCAUGGAGGCAAUCGGUCACGCCGGCACGUGUCUGGGGAUUCUAGCAAACGACGGCGUGCUGUUGGCAGCAGAGAGACGCAACAUCCACAAGCUGCUCGACGAGGUUUUCUUCUCUGAGAAGAUCUACAAGCUCAAUGAAGACAUGGCGUGCAGUGUUGCUGGGAUAACAUCGGAUGCCAAUGUGCUGACGAAUGAGCUGCGGCUAAUUGCACAGAGAUAUCUGUUGCAGUACCAGGAGCCGAUUCCCUGCGAGCAGCUGGUCACAGCCCUGUGCGACAUCAAGCAAGCCUACACACAAUUUGGAGGAAAGAGGCCGUUUGGUGUCUCUCUGCUGUACAUGGGUUGGGACAAACACUACGGCUUCCAGCUGUACCAGAGUGACCCCAGCGGCAACUAUGGAGGCUGGAAGGCAACCUGCAUUGGCAACAACAGCGCUGCUGCAGUGUCCAUGUUGAAGCAGGACUUCAAAGAGGGAGAGAUGACUCUGUCCUCUGCUCUGGCUUUGGCCGUCAAAGUCCUCAACAAAACCAUGGAUGUCAGCAAGCUCUCGGCAGAAAAAGUGGAGAUCGCCACCCUGACACGGAAAGACGGGAAAACCAAGAUCAAGGUUCUUAAACAGAAAGAAGUGGAGGAACUCAUCAAGCGGCACGAGGCCGAAGAGGCCAAGACUGAAAAGGACAAGAAGGACAAGGAGCAGAGGGAGAAGGACAAAUAAUAAGAAAAAUCAAAUUUUUCCCCUCCCUCAUAUCACCAACUCCUGUAUUGUUUUGUGUUUUACAUUAAAUUUUGGAAAUUGA